UAACCAGUAAUUGAAUAAAGUUAGAAAUUUGUCACCAUUUUAUUAAUAUUAAUUUUGUUUUACUUGAAAAUAGUUAAAAUAUAUUUAAUUUAAUUUAUAUAAUAAUAAUAAUAAUAAUAAAUUGUAUAAAAUGAUAGCUUUAAUAAUAUUGUCGAUACUGUUAACCGGUUUAAUGGCUAGUAAUUCAACCCAAGGGUUGGAUUUAUCCGAAAAUUUGGUGAUUCAGUCAAACAAUGAAUUUUCAUUCAGAAUAUACAAUAUGUUAGCAAAAGAUGACAACAACGACAUUAUCUCUUCGUUUUCAAUAAUAUCGGCAUUAAGUAUACUAAUGAAUGGCGCAAAUUACAAAACACUCGACAAUUUGAAGACAUUUCUUGGAUUUCAAAACAAACAGACAAAUGAAUUAAUUAGUGAUCAAACUAUUAAUAAUGGAUUUCAAACUAUUAAUGGAUUGUAUGAAAACAAAAGCAUUGAAUAUAAAAAGCAUUUGAAUGAAACACAAGAAGACAAUCGUUAUAAUGAAGAUUUGAAACAUCAGUUAAAUAUUGCAAAUCUUGUCGUACGAAAUGAUAGUGAAGUACUUAAACAAAAGUUUGUGGACGCAAUACAACUGGCCUUUAGAGCACAGGUAGAUAGGGCUGACUUCAAGCACAAUGCAGUGGCAGAAACUGACAAAAUUAACCAAUGGAUACGCAAACAGACAAACAAUAAAAUACAAAAAAUAUUUGACAUAAUCGAUGGACAGACAUCUCUUAUAUUAUUAAAUGCGGUUUAUUUUAAAAGUGAUUGGGAGGGAAAGUUUAAACAGUCGAUAACUAAUAAGUCUGUAUUUUAUAAUAACGGCCACAAAAAUAGUAAUGUUUCGGUGGACACAAUGUUUCGUACGGGUGAUUACUUUUACUUUAGUUCACAAGAGUUAAACUCACGACUCAUUGAAUUGCCGUAUAAGGGAUCGGAAAUGUCUUUUGUUAUUAUAUUACCAAAUGAUAGAAACGGUUUGUCAACACUUAAGACUCGGAUAAAUGCCAUAAACUUUGAUAAAGCAUUCAAAUCAGUGAAUAUAAAAUAUGUAAAACUAUUUUUACCAAAAUUUAAGUCAGAAAAAGAGUACGAUUUGAUGAAAGAUAUAAAUCCCAAACCAAUUGCAUUGACCACUGGAGCAGAUUUAUCACGACUGUCCACUUCAUGUGAUCAAACUGUAACCCAAAUCAGACACAAAACUUUUAUAUCUGUAGACGAAGAGGGGACCGAAGCGGUGGCCGUUACACCUGUUGAAACGUAUCAUUUUCUUCGUGGUUUCAAAUCCAUUGUCCCACCGAUUGAAUUUCGUGUGGACCACCCGUUCCUCUAUUAUAUUAUUGACAAAACUAAUGGUAUGAUUAUGUUUUCCGGACAAAUCAAUAAACUUUAGAAAUGACUAAAUGAAACUUAAAUGAAAUUAAGAACUUAUAAGCAUUGAUUGAUUUUCUAUGUAAACUAUUUU